AAAAAAGAAGGCGGAAAACUCUCCAGAAUGUGCCCAUGAAUAUUUAGGAGACAUGAUUGCGGCCAUUUUGACUUCAGCUUUUAUUCGCCGCGAAAUCAACUUUUUAUUCCUUUUGAGCGGAUUUACUGAAGUCUAUGUAUGGAAAUGCCUCGGAAAUAUGACAUGCAUGUUCGAGGCGCCUGGGAACUCCGCCCCUUAUCCUCAGAUGUGAACUGCUAAUGGAGAAUUUCCCCGAGGGGAGACGUUGGCUGCUAUUGGCAAGAAUGGUAGCCGUUUGUUGAUCCUGGUGGUUCCAAGAUUUUAACAAUGAAUGAAAGAAGACCUAAACAUACAUUACGAAGAAGUAGAAGAUUGAGUCAGAUUUUAUCAGCAAAAUCUCCUUCAAAAAAGUACAUUACUCCAAAAAGUUCAAAUAAAAAACGUUUGAAGGCUAAAAGACAAUCCAACAGUCCGCACAAGAAUUCAGAUGAUGCUGACAUUUUGCUUGGAAAUGGUAUUACCAAGCAACUGAUGAUUUUAACAAUGAGUGAAGGAAAAACCAACUGUAAACCUAGAAGAAGUGCAAGAUUGAGCCAGAUUUUUUCAGCAAAAUCUCCUUCAAAAAAGAGCACUACACCUAAAAGUUUAAACAAAAGAAAAAAAUUGAAAGCUAAAAGGCGUCCCCUUGGUAGACGAAAGAAUUUAGUCGAAUUUGACGUUUUGCUUGGUUCUGGAAUUUGCCCACCUGGUCUCAAACCCCAGCAAUCAGUUGGCGUAUCAAGAAAAAGGAAAAUAAGUUGUAACGAAUCUAUUUUGGAUAGAAAAGCAUCUUUAAGAAGCAAAAGGUUGUGUUCUGAGCUUAAAACAUCACAAAAAGAUAGAAAUGUAUCCAAAAGUGCUCUGAAACCUGCAAUACCUAAUAAAAAAAGAGGCUCCAAAAAAAGCCAAAAGCCUAGAACAAAUGAAUUGGUUAACAACUCAAUUAUAUCUUCACCUGACAGUGCCAUGCCUGUUAGCUAGUGUCCUGCCAACUCCCGUUCGGCGGAGUGGAAAAAGGUCUAACAAUGUGGAUGGCAUUCCUUUAGAUGAUUUGCUUUUUGUGUCAAGCUCUCGUAAAAAGAAAUCUAAGGAUAUUACUUUAAGUUCAGGAAUUUGUAGUGUACAUAGCUCCUUUGUAUCAUCAUUUAACGCUUCUAACAACCUAAGCAAAGCUGAUGAUUUUGGUUUCACUUCAUCCUCAACUGUGGCUAGUACAAAUAGUUCAUUUAAAAUUCCAGCAACUAAGAAGUCCAGAAAGAGAUCUUUAAAGCACAGAAGACUAGUUCUUAAUGAGUUAAAUAAGCGCAAUGCAGGCCAUGAGGAUGACUUAUUGGAGAAUAUAAAACUCACUCCUUUAAAAAGAAUAUUUGAUCUGGACAAUGAAUCUGAGGCAUCCUGGAACAUUGCAACUCCAAAAUGUGGAUUUCAGUUAUCUCCCUUCUUACCCAAAAGAACUCCUGUUUUCAAGGAUUGUUUUAGUCCAACUGAGCUACGAAUUUCAAGGAAAAGGGCUGAAGAGUACAUGCAUAGAAAUAAAAAUAAGAAACCACUUCUUACAUCUCCUAAGGAUCUGCCCCAACGCAAACGUCCAGCAGAUAAGAGUGACGCAUUGGCAAUUAUUUCAAAACUUUCACAAGAGCAAAAAAAUAUUGAACGGUCAUUGAGAGAUGAAUUUUUGUCUGAUGAAGAGCAAGAAGAUGGCUAUAAUUCCGAAGAAGGAGAACUUAUCUUGAAUAAUUCAGUUACAUUUUGAAUUUCAUACAUAAAGAGAUAUAACAACUUUACUUUGUUUUCUCCAUUUGAUUCAUUUGUAUUUAUAAAUAAAUUUUC